AUCACAGUUCAGUUGGCGUUUUGGCUCUGACUCGCAAACUUCGUUGUUGGUGCUUACUUCUUUUCAGUCAUGGACAAUUUCGACAAGCGAUUCACCACGAGUGAUGGUGAUACUUAUGCCUAUGACUACAUCCCAGCCAAAGACAACAAAGAAACAUUUCUCUUCAUCCACGGCUGCCCGUCUUCGCGCUACGACUGGCGAUAUCAAUUCAAGGACCUCUCAGAUGCAGGCUAUGGAGUCAUUGCCCCAGACUGUCUCGGCUAUGGCGAUUCCGACAAGCGCGCUGACCUUGAAUCUUACAAUUUGAAGCGUCUCAGUGGGCACUUUAUAGGAUUGCUAGAUCAUGAGAAGAUUGACAAAGUUAUUGGUGUCUCACAUGACUGGGGGUCUAUGGUCAUGUCUAGAGUUGUUGUUUGGCAUCCUGAGAGAUUUUCCAAGCUGGUGUUCAUGUCUGCGGGCUAUACAGCACCAGGAGUCUUCUUUGACAUUGAUGCAUUGAAUGUCUGGAGUCAGAAAGAGCUUGGGUAUAUGCAGUUGGGCUACUGGUACUUCUUCAACUCAUAUGAUGCUGAGCGAGUUAUUCUUGAUCAUCUAGAGUCAUUCUUCCACCUCGCAUACGCCGACGACAAUGCCCUAUGGAUAACAGGCCUUGCAGCGAUCAACGGAACACGAGAAUGGCUGGCCUCUGACAAGACAUGUCCCCUGCCCCCAUUCCUCAAAGAACAAGACAAGACCCGCUGGCUCGAGAUCAACAGACGCAAGGACACCAUCAAGGGCCUGCUCAACUACUACCGUUCCCUCAUGCGUGGGAUCCAAGCAGAGGACGAGGAUCCACUGACAGAUGAGCAACGCAUGCUCAAAGUUCCAGUUCUUGGUAUCUGCGGCGGUGGAGAUAUGGUUACACGGGCGGAUCAAAUUGGGAGGGGUAUCACACCAUAUGCAAGCAAGGGCUACAAAGAAGUGGUUCUUGAUGAAGCAGGACACUGGGUCAUGCUUGAGAGACGAGCCGAAGUGACAAAUGCCCUGUUAGAAUUUGUCCGGGAGGAUUCAUCAUGAACUGCUAGGUUACAACACUGGUUACCACUGCGUCAUGUAGAUAGGGGAGGAGUAAGCGGG